UUUGUGAAUCGACCUCGAAUUGGGUGACUGUGUAUUAUAUUAGCAUUUACUAUAAUAAGACUUAUUUACGAUAACUACAGAGUGCCACAGAGGAAAAAAUGAAGACGUUUUUCUAUAUAGCAUUUGCAGUAUUGGGGAUGGUGGUCGUAGAUAGUUACGGGCCUGGUGGCGGAGGCCAUGGACAUGGUUGGGGCCAUGGCGGUCCUUGGAGUCAUCGAGGUCCAUGGGGACAUGGCGGUCCUCAUGGCCAUCCUUGGGGUCAUGGACCAGGACCACAUGGUCAUGAACCUGAAGGACCACACGGACAUGGACCUGAAGGACCCCACGGACAUGGACCUGGAGGACCACACGGUCACGGACACACGUGGGGAGAUUCCGAUGAAAAUGACAGUGGACCUGAAGAUUCUGAUGAACACGGCUUUAAAAAAUAUGAUUCAGACGAUGAUUGGUACAAACCUUGUAAAGGAUCUAGCUGCGGAAGGCCAGACAAAUCAAAAGAUAAAACAAAACCACCGACGCCAUCAACAAAAGAACCACCGAUAACAACCUAUCAUCCUCCAUUCACUUCUGCUACAGAGCCACCAACCAUUCCUGCUUUGACCACAGAAAAGGCUCGUCCUACAAGAACAGUACCUUUAAUAAAUCCUACUAUGCAUCCUGAUCCUCAACCUCCACAUAAAAAACAAGCUCCACCUGCGUGGCCCACAAACCCAACAUGGCCUACAGGACCCGUAUGGCCGACACGGCCGACAGGGGAACCGACAACUGAAGUCAUACCUGAAACCACUACGGAUGGAGAAGAAGGUUUUACUACCAUAUCACCAGAAGUUGAAAGUUGCAUAGAAGCCUGUCCCUCGACGCCUGAGUUUAAUCCUGUCUGUGGUACUGAUGGACAAACUUAUCCUAAUGAAGGGAGGCUGUUCUGUGCCAAGAGUUGUGGAGUCAAUGUAAGCAUUAGACGGAGGUCUGUAUGCCCACCGCCCAUCGAUGAUGGUGGACCACCUACCCCGGCAACCACAUCUCGCCCAACAACUCCCGUAGGCCGAACCACAUCUUUCUCCCAAUUCCAACAUUGCAUGAAGAGUUGUCGCAUCACUUCGACAUUUCAACCUGUUUGUGGUUCAGACCUAGUAACUUACAUGAACAUAGAUCGAUUGAGAUGCGCUCAAAAUUGCGGUCAAGAUGUCCAAGUUUUGUGUGACAAAGCGUGUAUUGCUUGUGGUUUCGUGCCUAAAACGACGCCGCCACCGACAGUUGCACCACCAACACUUCCCCCAACAACAAAUCCACCACCAACACUUCCCCCAACAACAAAUCCACCAACGACAGCGCCACCACCAACAGUGCCACCACCAACAAAGAACCCAUGUGGCAGAGUCAUCCCAGAUCCAGAUGUUCACAGAUGUAUUAAAAAUUGUCCACUAACACAAGAAUUUCACCCUGUUUGUGGAACAAAUGGGGUUACAUUCAAGAAUCCUGGAUAUUUGUUAUGUGCUCAAAUGUGUGGAAUUGAUGUGUGGGCAGUUAAAUUCUCUCCAUGUUCCUCUGAGCCAACACCGCCACCAAUAACAUCACCAACUACAAUUGAACCUCCUCCAUCCACUCUGCCUCCUCAUAUCUUGACUUGCAUACGGAAUUGCCCCGUCACAUCUGAAUACGAUCCCGUCUGCGGGACAGACGGUCUUACUUACACUAAUAUGGGAAAUUUGGAAUGUUCUAAAUAUUGUGGUGUUGAUGUAAAAUUCAGAUAUAAAUCCAGAUGUUCCGACGAAUUCGAUCUCCGACCUACCACUCCAGAUAUUGACGGCAGUAAGGACGUGACCCAAACUUUGAAACCUGAACCAACUACCUAUGUUCCACCAGUUACAAGGCCUACAAUGCCAACAGUGACCCCGAAGGUCACUCCCAGAUGGUCUACAACGCUAGGUUUUACUAUUCCACCUGAUGUGCUAAAUGACAUUUUUGGAACGAAAUCACCACCUACAACAAAAAAACCAAUUAAUCCUGACGAUGAAGAUGAAGAUCUCGAUUUAGAUAGUAGGUUUGGUCCAGGCCAUGCAAUUCAUUCAAAUCAGUCUGGACAACACAGGGCUGAAAAGGAUAAGUCUGAACAAGAUAAAUCUGAAAAAGAUAAGGCUGAAAAAGAUAAGUCUGAUAAAGAUAAGCAUGAUAAUGACAAACUUGAAACGGAUAAGCCUAAAAUAUCUGACGAAGAAAAACCUGACAAAGUUAAGCCUGACCAUGAUCAAUCUGACAAAGAAAGAGAAGAAGUAUCAUUCAGAAGGCCGUGCAGAGACCUAUCACCAGAAUGUUUAAGAAAAACAGUGCAAGCAGCCUUACCUACCAUCGCCGACGGGAUUCCUGACUUGGGCAUUGAGUCUUUGGAUCCUUAUGAACUGAAGAAACUACAAUUGAAAUUACCUGGUGGUAUCGACAUAGCAUUUAGCAAUGGUUACGCUAAAGGUUUGAAGACAUGCAACGUCGAUUAUGCUAGGUAUGGAGGAGGUUUAUUUGAGACGCAGAUGCAUUGCAAUCUUACCAUCAAAGGAAAGUACAGGUCUUCUGGAAGGCUUCUGUUGUUCCCUAUCAAUGGAGAUGGAGAGUCCAUUAUUAAGUGCAGAAACCUUAAACUGCGUAGUCUUAUACAACUGGGGUCAGUUGUAAGGUCAGACGGACGUCGGUACUUCGAUAUAAAGGAUUCCAGAAUCGAACAUGGUUAUGAUGGAAGAGUCAUGUACAGCAUGACGAACCUGUUCAAGGGAAGCCCUGAAAUGAGUUUCCCAACGCGACUUGCUGUAGAAGUUACUGGACUUUUCGACUUGCAACAUAUUGUCCAAGUUAGCAAGGGUAGUGAUGAUGCGAAUGUUGUUGGAGUUGACCAAGAAAGAAGCAGUGAAAGUACAAACUGCGUAUUGGAUGAAGAGUAUGAUGACUCGCACCUUAUCAGCAGUCUGAACAUAAUUUUCAUUGUCAUAAUGCGUGAUAUCAGUUGGGAGUACGAAGGCCAAGCUUCAAUGAGCUCCAUGAAUACUUUGGCCUGUACCCUCAUCGUCCUUGUUUUCCCCGCCAUACGUGUGAAUUGUGAGGAGCCAAGGCGGCGCGGCAGUGGACGCGCGACAGACGCGCGGGCUGCUCUACGCGGCCCCGCUUCGGCCCACACCACACGCCCAGAAACCGCCACCAUGGGCCAAACAGCCGGCGCCGAAUGCACGCCUGAAGACGAAGACUCAGAGCCACGCAUUCGUGUUAAUCCUACGGAAAAAUCAUUGACGGAAAGUGAGACGUCAUGCGAAGAAGCAGCAAGACUGACGGCGGAAGGCGCAGCCGCAGACGCCGACGACGAUGAGGCCUACGACUAUGGAGCCCUGCCCCCGCCCCCCGACGGGGGCUACGGUUGGGUCGUGGUCUUCGCAUCUUUCAUGUGCAACAUGAUUGUUGAUGGCAUAGCCUAUACUUUCGGCAUAUUCCUACCAGAACUAGUGACGUACUUCGGCGAGGGUAAAGGCACUGUCGCGUGGGUCGGCAGUCUUCUAUCAGGAUUUUAUCUAGCGGCCGGUCCUGUUGUUUCGGCGUUAUGCAACAAAUUCGGGUGCCGAGCAGUUUGCGUGGCUGGGUCGUUUGUAGCUGCUGCUGCAUUCGUCCUUUCCACGUUCAGUAAAAGUGUCACAAUGAUGAUGAUCACUUAUGGGUUGAUCGGAGGCCUUGGCUUCGGUAUGAUCUACCUUCCUUCUGUGGUUGCCGUGGGUUACUACUUCGAGUCCCGGCGAUCCCUCGCUACGGGUAUCGCUGUCUGUGGCUCGGGAGUGGGCACCUUCAGUUUUGCGCCCUUAGCUGCCUUACUGCUCAAUGAGUUUGGAUCCUGGCAGAAUGCUAACUUGUUAUUAGCUGGCCUGAUCCUUAACUGUGCUGUUUUCGGUGCCCUAAUGAGACCUUUGGUCUAUCCUAAGACAUCAGGCGAAAAGCCGCUUUUGCAACGUAUGGCUGAAGAGAAAAGGUUACAAAUGGAAAGAGGUUCCAUUGGAGGUUCAUACUUCGUGGUCCAGCUCCCAGACGGUACUAUGGAGAAGCGGUUGAAGGUGAACGUUGUAGACGAUACUGCGCCGCUAAACAUCGAUCCUGGAGUGCACUCUUCGCUAAACUUGGAAGCGUUGGCGCGAGUACCGACCGUUCCUAACAUGCCUGGAGUACCGACUGUGCCUACCUUACCUACCAUUACUGAAGCUAAAGUUGCUGAUGACGGCGAGGAGAAAAAGAAGGGCGAAAACGGCAACGUGACAGUAAACCCGCAACAGCAGUUGAUGUCCCGCAACGUGUCGUCGCCCGCGUUCAGUGCGCAUGCGCCGGGCCUGCCCAAGAACGGCUCCGUGCCAUUCUUCGACAGGCAGCGCAAACAAAGCACUGGCGACAGGUCCGGCGAUAGAUUCAAACCGUCCCUGGCUGCAAUCAAAGCUACGUCCAAAACUUCAAUGAACAGUCAAUACAGGAAUGCUGAUGGUGACACAGAAAGCAUGAUGUACAACUCUAAACUCUCCGUGUCUGGUCCUAAGGAACCUUCUCGCAUGGUUCGCCCAAUGUCCAGAAAAGAUAUCUUCUACUCAGGAUCUGUGCUCAAUCUACCUCAGUACCAAAGUCAGAAGUCCCUGCAAGGAUAUAGGAACUCUGUACUGAGUCUCCCACAGAGUAGACAAACUGGGGACUUGGAGAGGCAAGAGCAAUACGACCUAUGUCCAUGCCUAUCGCUUCCUGAUUCGUUCAAGUCUGCCUUGUCAUCGAUGUUGGAUGUUAGCUUACUACGCGACCCUGCCUUCAUGUUGAUCGGAGUGUCCAAUAUAUUCGGUAUGGCGGGACUCUACGUUCCAUUCGUGUACAUCGUCGACGCUGCCCGGCUUAGUGGUGUAGAACCGUCCCAAGCUUCGUUCCUGCUAUCAAUCAUCGGUAUUACGAACACAAUCGGUCGUAUCGCCUGUGGCUGGGUGGCUGACUUCCCCUGGAUGGACUCGCUGUUGCUCAAUAACGUCUGCCUUGUUAUCGCCACGAUAUCAGUUGGACUAACUCCUUUCUGCACCACUUACGCCACGUACGUCGCUAUUGCCAUCGCCUUCGGAAUCGCCAUUUCUGGCUACAUCUCUUUGACAUCGAUCAUUCUAGUAGACUUACUAGGUCUGGACAAACUGACAAACGCCUUCGGUCUUCUCAUUCUCUUCCGUGGUGCGGCCGCCAUGAUCGGAUCCCCACUAGCCGGGGCCGUGUACGACGCUACGAAAAAUUAUGAUGCUUCAUUCUACAUGGCUGCUGCAUUCUUCUUAGCUAGUACACUCACGUCUUUCGCUGCGCCUUUGUUCCGCAGAAAGCAAGAAGAAGUCCAGCAACCAAUGGACGUGUUGACCCCUAUUGACGAAGACUUGGAAGAAGGUGAAGAGGAGGAUGAAGACGACACUCCCAUCACUAUGGGAGCUGCGCUGGCACAGCGUCCCCCCGCCAUAGUGCGUACUGCUGCCUCUCCCUCAGAUCCCCCCUCCCCCGACCAACCCACCCCCCAGAGAGAAAGCGUACUCUAAACCUCCAAACCAUUAAAGACCGGAAUUAAUAAACGAUCUCAAUCCAAAAUGUAGUCAUGUGUCAAGAUCGAAUUGUGUAUAAACUUUCUAUAUCAAAUCGAUUUAGAGAUUAUGGAUUAAGAUCGAGUAUUAAUUUCCAUGUUAAGUCACAUAGCUGUAUCCGCCGUUACAUCCGAAUUUGUAAUGUUAAUCUUGCCCUCUGAUUGCAAACAACAGACUUAA